AGAAAAACGAACUCAAGAGGAGUUGAGAAAUGGCCACCGAAAGCCUCUCAACUCAAUUGCAUACUACUUCAUUCCCCUCUUUACAGGAGGUCAACCUUUUUGCUCGUACUAUGAAGAAAAUCAAGAGCAAUAGCUUCUCACCGCCCAAUGGUGAAUGCCCUGAAAUCAACAUGACGAAAUCACAAGGGCCGGCUAAAAUGGCGACUCAAAUUGAAGAAGAAUCUCCAACCCGUGUAGAACUUGACAUUCUUGAUACCCCUCCCUCAUUAUCCUUUGCAAAUCUCCUUCAUAAGGAAGAUAAUGACCCUAUUGUCAUCGAAUUCUCUGCACAACCAAAUUAUCUUGAUGAAGAUUCCGAUAUUGAGGAGGCCAGUGAAGAAAACAUACUUGCGAUCCUUCUCCCCAAGGCCGAUAAGAAAAGAAUCUAGCUUCCUUGGGUUAACUCUAUUAUUAUCAAGGUUGCUUUUGCUGACUAGGUUGGCUAUUCCUUCAUUUACCCACGAAUCAAAGCACAAUGGAAAC